AUGUGUAAGAUCCCUGUUUCUAAAGCAAGACGAGCAGAACGAAACAAUGAAACUGUAAAAGAUUGCAUUUCAUCUAGUAUGGCUUGGGAUUUCGAUUUCUCAAGAAAUUUGAAGGAAAAUGAGCUAGGUGAUGUUAUUUCCCUACUACAAUUAGUGGGAGAUCCUUCUGUGGUAAUGGGUUCAGCUGAUGAAGAUGACCAGAGGAAAUGGGAGCUAGGUGAUGAUUUCAGUGUUGCAAAUUGCUAUGAUUCACUUGAUGUGGAUGGUUUUUUAUCUUUCCCUCAUAAGCAGCUUUGGAAUCCAAAAAUUCCUUUAAAAGUUUCAUUUUUGGUGUGGACUCUUUGCUUUAAUGGUGCACCAACUAAUGAUUAUUUGGCAAGAACCGAUAGGGCCAAUACAGGUAAUUGCAUUCUUUGUAAUGCAGAGUUGGAGACUAAUGAGCAUCUGUUCCUCCAUUGUAAAGAAACUUCAAAGCUUUGGAGUUACUUUUUCGACAGCUUUGGACAGUAA